AUGGAGGCGUUGAGAAAGUUUCUGCUGCUGUUGAUGCUGUUGGCCAGUAUACCUAUGCGACUCUGUGAUACAGAUCCUCAAGAUGUGGCUGCGCUCCAGUCUUUCAUCAGUGGAUGGCAGGACUUCCCAUCAAACUGGAAAGCAUCAAAUGAUCCAUGUGGUACACCAUGGGACGGGGUUACGUGCGACAAGGGGCGGGUGACGUCACUGGAUCUCUCCUUCAACAUUGGAAUUGGUGGCCCACUGCCUGAUGCUAUCAGGAAUCUCAAGAAGCUCACAACACUGAUCUUGGCUGGCUGCAGCUUCACAGGAGGCAUCCAAGUAUUAGGAAACUUGCCGCAGCUCUCGUUCUUGGCGCUGAAUUCAAACAACUUCACAGGCGGGAUUCCUCCAUCGUUUGGUCUACUCUCAAACCUCUUUUGGCUAGACCUGGCAGAUAACCAGCUUUCUGGAUCUAUUCCAAUUUCCUCAGGUGGUUCUCCAGGACUUGACCUACUUACACACACCAAACAUUUCCAUUUUAACAAGAAUCAGUUAAGUGGUAGUCUUGCUGGCCUCUUCAACUCUAGCAUGAUCCUCGAGCACAUAUUAUUUGACCACAAUCAAUUGUCUGGUCCUAUCCCGCCUGAGCUUGGUGGCAUCGCAACCCUCAAAAUCAUCCGAUUAGACAGGAACAAUUUCACAGGAGAAGUUCCAGCCAACAUCAGCAAGCUAGACAACCUAAAUCUCCUCAAUUUAGCAAACAACCAGCUGAAUGGGACAAUACCAGAUCUCAGUAGCCUGAGCAAACUAAACGUGGUGGACUUAAGCAACAAUUCGUUCGAUCCAUCAGUAGCACCGAACUGGUUCUCAACUUUACAGUCUCUUACUUCAGUAGCAAUAGAAUCUGGAGGACUCUCCGGCCCAGUUCCCAGAAGGCUCUUCACCCUAUCCAAUCUGCAGCGAGUUAUACUAAGCAACAACGCACUGAAUGGAACACUAGAGGUGACUGGCAACAUCACCCAACAACUGAAGAUCGUGAAUCUCCUUAACAAUCGCAUAUUUGCAGUCAACAUAACACCAAGCUACAACAAGACCCUUGUACUUGUGGGGAAUCCUGUGUGCUUGGAUUCAGAUACCUCGAGCCGCUUCUUUUGCAGCCUUCAGCAAGAGGGCCUGAUAUCAUACAGCACCAAUAUAACCCAAUGUGGUUCAACCACAUGUUCCGGUGAUCAAAGUCUAGACCCUGCAACUUGCAGUUGUGCCUAUCCUUACACGGGCAAGAUGAUCUUCAGAGCGCCAUUGUUCGCUGACCCGAGUGACAGAACGACUUUUCAGCAACUGGAAACUAGUCUCUGGAAAGAGCUGGGACUGCGCCCUGGUGCAGUUUUCCUUUCUGAUGUCCUUUUCAGCAGUGAUGACUACCUUCAAGUUCAAGUAUCCAACAUCAUCAAUGUAAAUUAUGUCCAUAUUUACAUAAGAAAUUCACUGGUACUUCCUAUCUCAGGUGGUGUUGGCAGUGGGAAAUCUCAAAUGAGCAAACGUGCUAUAGCUGGAACUGCAGUAGGCUGCAGUUUUCUUCUGCUUGCCCUAAUGUCCGGGGCGACAUUUGCUAUACUGAAAAAGAGAAGGCCAGAACAAUCAUCAGGACGAGCAAAUCCAUUCGCUUCAUGGGGAGUUGCUCAAAAAGAUAGUGGAGGUGCUCCACAGCUCAAAGGAGCCAGGUUCUUCUCUUUUGAUGAACUGAAGAACUGCACCAACAAUUUCUCAGAAAGUCAUGAAAUAGGAUCAGGAGGCUACGGAAAGGUUUACAAGGGAACGAUUGAGGAUGGAACAGGUGUUGCAAUAAAAAGAGCGGAGUAUGGAUCAAAGCAAGGUGCGGUGGAGUUCAAGAAUGAGAUUGAACUGCUGUCCAGGGUUCAUCACAGGAACCUAGUAAGCCUGAUAGGAUUUUGCUAUGAACAAGGGGAGCAGAUGCUAGUGUAUGAAUAUGUUUCUAAUGGUACACUGCGAGAGAACUUGCAAGGUAUGGGAAUUUACCUGGACUGGAAGAAGAGGCUCAGGAUUGCUCUUGGCUCAGCUAGAGGACUGGCGUAUCUUCACGAACUUGCUGAUCCACCUAUUAUCCACAGAGAUAUAAAGUCCACAAAUAUCCUUUUGGAUGACAAUCUGAAAGCAAAGGUUGCUGAUUUUGGUCUGUCGAAGCUAGUUGCGGAUACCGAAAAGGGACACGUUUCUACUCAAGUCAAGGGAACACUUGGCUAUCUGGACCCCGAGUACUAUAUGACGCAGCAGCUAUCGGAGAAGAGCGACGUCUACAGCUUCGGCGUCGUCAUGCUUGAGCUACUAAGCGCCAGGCUGCCCAUAACAAAGGGCAGAUACAUCGUCCGGGAGUUCAGGAUUGCCAUAGAUCCCAACGAGCACGACUACUACGGCUUGCAGGGCAUCAUCGACCCGGCCAUCCACGACGCCGCCAAGUCGGCCGGGUUCAGAAGGUUCGUGCAGCUGGCCAUGGAGUGCGUGGAGGAGUCGGCUUCAAAACGGCCCACGAUGAGCUCGGUGGUGAAGGAAAUCGAGACGAUGCUCCACAAUGAGGGGCUGAGCUCAUCCGGCUCGUCUGUCACGGAGUUCGAGCACGCAGGGCAAGCCACCGGAGGCCCAUACGGCGGUGCGGUGGUUGUGACCGGAUCGAGCAGCAGCAGCAGCAUCAUAUCGGAAGAACCCUCCCGGUCCCACCGUGGAACUCGGCACUAAGCUCCCCGCACGCUCUUUGCCUACUCAGUGGACAUUUUAUGGACAUUUUUUUUCCUAAUCAGUCGUUGGAACAUGCAAUCCGCCCAAAUUUGAAGGCCAUGGCUCGAAUGCCCGAUUAGCUUAAGACCAGAUCAACCAACG